CGGGGCGGCGGCCUCUCCCGCUCUGGCGCGCGCUCCCGCCCGCGGCCGCCCCGCGCGCUCCCGCCGCUUCGCCCGCCCACCGCGCCGCGCAGGCGGCCGCUCAGGCUGGGACCCUGGCGUUAGCUCGGGCCUCGGCGGGGCCCAGCGCCCCGGCCCGGGAGGAUGCGGCCCGGGGCGGCCCAGGAGCUGAGCAGGGCCCUCGCGCCGGCCCCCACCGGCCCUGACCUCCGGAGCCGCAGCCGCCACCCCACCCUCGGGAGACAUGACUUCCAGACCGCAUUCCGACUGGAUUCCCUACAGGUAUUCGCCGAGGGUGGGCGCCGUCUGGUGCGGUUAGCGAGAGGAGCACAGAUCUCAGCUAUGGAAAUACAUCAGUUCUUCUGCUUACGCAGUGUCUUAGAUGAUGAGGGCAACAACCUGAGGCAGCAGAAGCUUGACCGGCAGCGGGCCCUGCUGGAACAGAAGCAGAAGAAGAAGCGCCAGGAGCCCCUGAUGGUACAGGCCAAUGCCGACGGGCGGCCCCGGAGCCGGCGGGCCCGGCAGUCAGAGGAGCAGGCCCCUCUGGUGGAGUCCUACCUCAGCAGCAGUGGCAGCACCAGCUACCAAGUUCAAGAGGCCAACUCACUGGCCAGUGUGCAGCUGGGAGCCGCCCGCCCAACAGCACCAGCCGCAGCCAAGAGGACCACGGCAGCAGCCGCAUCAGGGGGCCAGAGUGGGGCCUCUAGGAAGGAGAAGAAGGGGAAGCACAAAGGCACCGGCGGGCCGGCAGCACUGGCAGAAGACAAGUCUGAGGCCCAAGGCCCAGUGCAGAUUCUGACUGUGGGUCAGUCGGACCACGACCAGGACACAGACACAGGGGAGACAGCAGCCGGUGGGGGCGCACAGCCCAGCGGGCAGGACCUCCGUGCCACGAUGCAGAGGAAGGGCAUCUCCAGUAGCAUGAGCUUUGAUGAGGAAGAGGAGGAUGAGGAUGAGAACAGUUCCAGCUCCUCCCAGCUAAACAGCAACACCCGGCCCAGCUCUGCCACUAGCAGGAAGUCCACCAGGGAGGCAGCCUCAGGCCCCACCCCAGCAGCCCCAGAACCACCAGUGGAUGUCGAGGUCCAGGAUCUUGAGGAAUUUGCACUCAGGCCAGCUCCCCAGGGUAUCACCAUCAAAUGCCGAAUCACACGGGACAAGAAGGGGAUGGAUCGGGGCAUGUACCCCACCUAUUUCCUGCACUUGGACCGUGAGGAUGGGAAGAAGGUGUUCCUCCUGGCGGGAAGGAAGAGAAAGAAGAGUAAAACCUCCAAUUACCUCAUCUCUGUGGACCCAACGGACCUGUCUAGGGGAGGGGACAGCUAUAUCGGGAAACUGCGGUCCAACCUGAUGGGCACCAAGUUCACUGUUUAUGACAAUGGAGUCAACCCUCAGAAGGCAUCGUCUUCUACUUUGGAAAGUGGGACCCUGCGUCAGGAGCUGGCAGCCGUGUGCUAUGAGACAAACGUCUUGGGCUUCAAGGGGCCUCGGAAGAUGAGUGUGAUCGUCCCUGGCAUGAACAUGGUUCAUGAGAGAGUCUCUAUCCGUCCUCGAAACGAACAUGAGACACUGCUAGCCCGGUGGCAGAAUAAGAACACGGAGAGUAUCAUUGAGCUGCAAAACAAGACCCCUGUCUGGAAUGACGACACACAGUCCUACGUACUUAACUUCCAUGGGCGUGUCACACAGGCCUCCGUGAAGAACUUCCAGAUCAUCCAUGGCAAUGACCCGGACUACAUCGUCAUGCAGUUUGGCCGGGUAGCAGAGGAUGUGUUCACCAUGGAUUACAACUACCCGCUGUGUGCACUGCAGGCCUUUGCCAUUGCACUGUCCAGCUUUGACAGCAAACUGGCCUGUGAAUAGAGGUCUCCUCCCGCCCUUUGGGGUUGUCCAGCCUGGAGUGGAGCUUGCCUGCCUGCCUGCCUGUGGAGACAGCCCUGCCUACCCUCUGUUCAUAGGCCUUCUGCUAGAUGAAGCUCUGGCCUUCAGCAGGCUACCUGGCCAAGCCAGCCAAGAACUGACUCCUCUGCCUCUGAUGCUGAGGCAAGGGACUAGUGGGUGAGUGUGAAGGGACAAGAGUACUUCCUUCUGUGGCCCAAGACCAUCACGCACCCCCACUCUUGGAUUAGUACCCUGCUGUAGUCAUGGAUGCCAAGCUGGGUGGCCUCCUUGGCUGGGAAGAUCUGAAGAGGUAUAGAGGAAGAGGAAGCACAAGCAGGGCUGCAAAGGCCCAGCCAUUCACUCAUCCCAAGAGUCAGAAGAGAACAGGUGCCCCCACAGGUUGGGGCACAGGGAGAGGGACACAGAGAGAGAGAGGAAGAGAGUAUGAAUAUGCAUACAGAGCACACCAACUUUAUGUAGCAAAGGACCUGAUGGCCUAGCCUGGCCCCUUCAACUUCAGAAGGCCUCAGACAGGCCCAAGGGAAGUUACAGUGGUGGGGGCAGAUAAGUGGCAGGACCUUGCUGGGAUGGCAAGGGUCUGACUGUGGCUGUGGGGAUCAGCUGGUUGCCUAGAGUUUAGCUGACGUACUUCUCCAAACUUACUCUGUGCUUAGAGGUACUGGGAACCCAGCUCUCAUGGCCAAAUAUCUUAGCGAAGUAUCUUAGGGCCUGCAGGAGGUGCAUCACUAGGCUUCCUGGAACAGGGUUGUCCUGGAGCCCUUCCUACUGGCCCAGCAGCCCUCUGCUGAGAAGUGCAGUACAACUCCUGGUAAGCAGAUGAGUUUGAAGUCAUUAGCCCUUGCUGGCAGGGUGCCAUUUGCAAGCCAUGGCAUGCUCCAAGAAGACUCUCCUUUUGGGGGAGACUUAGCCUGUGAGCUCUUCAGUCUUUUAGCUCCCACUGCUCUUGGCCAAAUUGUAAUUGGUGAGGGCUGCUUUCUGUGGUGGUUCUUCUGAGGGUAUGGGACAGGGUGAGGACAGCACAGAGUAUUUUAGAACCACAAGAGAUCAGAGGUGGUAGAACCCUUAGGGACCAAUAUCACUUUCACUGAAUAGAACUUGCCUUGGGUUACCCAGUCUGUUAAUGGCAGAGUUCAGAACCUCAAGUUCCCUUGACUUUUUUUUUUUUUUUUUUUUUGUCUCCCUACCCACCAAGAAACUAGUAUCUCCUACUCUUUGGCCUUCUGGGGCCCAUUCUGCAUGCAAUUUACCUAGAUUCCAGAGACGUAAAAACAUCAGAGUUGAUGUAUAAGAUUGAAACCAUUUCAGUAGGGAAUUGGACAGUUCCUUGUUGGAAGCAGCGUUUCUUUUGUACGUCAGUCUGACAAGGAUUGCUGUGUCUGGCCCAACCAUGAGGGCUGCACACCGGAGGCAGACCUCAGCAAGGCGGCUGUGCACCCAUCUGUCCAGGUGACAUGCAGCCCACCUGUUUCAGUGCUGGCCUGAUUGCUCCCUCCACUGCCACUGCUCCUUCUCGAUGUCACCAUCUGCCUUGCAGGUGUGGGAACUUGAAGCUCCUGCUUGUUUGUCAUUUACCCUGGUAGAGGCUUCUUUACCAGGUGGAAGUCAAAAACCUACGGGCAGCAAAUAGCAUUUAGACCUUGCCUUAGGAUUGUCAGCUUGAAAGGCUACAUAGAAAUAUUUUUUAACAUGAAACAUGCUUUAAACAAGUCAAUGAGGCACUACUGGUGAACAGGUUUAUUUUGACUUAAGUGAAAGCAGUAUGGUCUCUUUUCUUUCUAGUCAAGAUCUCCCUAUCUUGGGUGCUUAAAGCAAGACCCCUGCUCUAGUGGCAUCUUCCAUUCCUGAGUUGUUGAGAGAGGCGCCUCCAGUAUGCGCUUGUUAACAUGGUCUAGUUUCUAGAGGGCACAAGGACUUCGUGUGCUGGGACUGGCUCUUUUCCAGAUGAAACACUGUGGUGCCAUCCUUUCUGUAAUCCUGUGGUCCUUCCUUCCCUGACUUUAAAAAAAGAGGAGACCUGCUGACAGUAGAGAUGAUGGAGACAACAUGGUCUCUAAAAGUCUGGUCAGCUGUUUGUCUGGGUCUGUGAUUUUAAGGCAGAACAAGCCGACUCUGGAUUCUGGUGAGAGAAGCCCCUCUAGUGAGAGAAGUGGCAGAGUAGAAAAAUCAGAAGCACAAUGGGAAACUCCUGCCCUCGGCGCUCUGCUUUAAUACAGGAAAGUUGGCUGGCUAUUUUGAUAGGGUCAGGAAACAUGGCUGAGCCGUCUAGCUGCAGUGUGAGAAGGGUACCUUCAGCACAAAACUCUCUUUUGGACAAUGAGUGACAAGCAAGGACAGCUGAGUCACCUACUUAAGACCAGCCUCACAAGGUCAGCUCUUAGACUCCACUCCUGGUGAUGCUGCCUUUUCUUGACCACUGGCCCUAUGGCCAUAGGUUCAUGGACUCACAAAGCUGCCAGGGCCUGAAAACUACCUGGAUUUAGGCUCUCCUACAUUAAGACUUCUUGCCCUUCACAUCUUCUGCCCAGAUGGUCUUGCAGUGAGUUGAUGACAGCUAAGCAAUCCCUUAGGAUUUGGGUACCUGGACGUUAGGCAGCUCCCUUGCAAUUGCUCCUGGCUCUAUGCCCCAAACUCUACACCUCUGACCCAAAACAGUUCCCUGCAGAGUGGUGAAGCUGGCUUCCUUAACUCCUUUCCAAGUCUAGCUUUUCCUUCCUUCUGGCUCCAAGGUGCUCUGUGUCCAUGUGUGUAUGUGUGUGAGUGUGUGUGUGUGUGUGUGUCUGUCUGUGUUUCUGGGGGAAAGGUCAACCCAUAAACAAUCAACUGAAGUUUCUUGUGAUUGUAUUUCUGAGGAUGAACAGGAAAGGAAUAAGAAGGUAGUUAGGAGCACCUGUGGAUUUGGUCCCUUCAUUUCCUGCUCUUUCAACUGGAAGGCUAUUUGGUAAAUUAGCAGCUCUUUCUCCCAAGGUUCUGAGUAGGAGGAGACUACCCAAGAAAUUUCUUUCAGUUCCCACUUGGCAUCACCUGAAGAAACUGGUGUGUUACACGCAUGCCUUUAGAUGAAUCUGAAUAUAUUCUAGUGAUGGUGCCUUAAAAAUCUUGACACUAGUUCAGGGGAAGCAGGUAAAGCCUAGACCAAUGGAGUACAUGAAUGACAGGAUAGGAAAACUUCAGAGACCAUCUCUUUCAGUGAACUAGUAGGAUUACAAGACUGUAAAUGCAGGUUUUCCUUUCUGGAAACAGGACAUUGGCUAUAUGGUAAAUAAACACCAUUUAUUUAGAAGUAGUCCUGAACUUUACAAGCAAUAGAGGUGACUGGAAAGAAAAGGAGCCAUGCUUUGCUCAGCUGGGGCCUGCAGUGGAGAGAUUAGGAUAGUAAUGGCCAUAGCUCUGUUGUGCAAGCACAAAUCCCAUUUUCUGGAUGGAUGUACUAGUGUUCCUUUCUGUGGUAAACCUGGUAUCUCCUGCUUGUAACUCCUUGCCCCGGCAGCAACAUUCUUGUGGGACCUCAGGAUUGCAGGUGGCCACCAGAGCUGGAUAAGUAUGCUUUCUGGUGGUGCCUAAUCCUGUGAGAUGGGCCUGACUGCUCUGGAUCCUGGUUUGCAGCCUGUUGCAGCCCCUGAAGAGGCCAAGGGAUAAGCUUUUGUUUGAACUUACGGCCACAUGUCCUUUGUACCUCCAGUUUUUGAACUUAGGACCACUUGUCCUUUGAACCUUUAGUUAGCAAUUUUCGGUCAUCUCAAGAUAUGCAAGAGAGGCAGAAGCACUGGGACAGAUUUGGGUUUUGCAUUUUCUAAUCAGGUGGAGAGGCAAGUUGUCUUGCACAAAGUACUGCACUUAGUAGAUAUGUGAUUCUGAGCAUACCUAGGUCUGAAAUAACUAAAAUGAAGAGGGGCUGUCAAAGCUUGGUGUAGGAAUCGGUGAAUGAAAGUUAAUUCUUGCUUUCAUCACUACAUUUUUAAGCUCAUCACUGUGCCUUCUUUCUUUCUUAAGAAAGACAAUGCACCCCUCUCCUCCUCUGUUCUCCAAUCCCACUCUCUCCCAUCAAGGCCAGGCAGAGCUGGAAAUGAGGCUGAGGUCCAGUUUUCUAUGUAACAGUUCAGCAUGGCUUACAAGGGGAAGCCUAAAUCUGGCCUUUUCAUUCCUGCAUUUGGUGACAGAGGGGACUUGGUCAGGAUGGGUAACACUUUUCUUGCUGGGAACACAUAUUUAGCCAGUUUUCAUAAUGCCUAGAAUGUGUAUGUCUAUUUGCACAAGAUUGUCUUUUCCAGUUUUGGAGUGGUCAGACAUUUUAUUUUUGUUCAAAAUUAUCUGGAGUUUUAGACAAACUUGCAAAACUGUGCUUUUAUUAAGUGACUUUUUGAAUAAACAUUUUGGUAUUCUGAAGCAAAUGUAUGUAUUUAUUUAUUGGUAUGUGCAAUGACAAACUUGGUAUUUUCCCAUCUUGACAUUAUGUAUGUUGUAGAAUUUAGUGUUUGUCUAAGUACAGACAUGUAUCAACAAAUUAAACUUGAAUUGUUUCAACA